GAAAUUUGUAGUUGAUCGUCGCCGUCGGUGUUGGUGUUGCAAUUGCAAUUGCGGUGAGCUCGAUCGCAUUCGCAUGUAAAUUCUUGAGACGAACGCGCGGCACGCGUACAUUGAACGUAUCCAAGGCGAUUACAUAAAUCCAACUAUAUAUACACGCAUAUAUACAUAUCGAAAAAUAUGCAGAAAACACUCAAAAAAGAGCUCAGCUUCUCGUUGGACACAUUGGAGCGUUAUCGGGCCAAGUAUGGACGCAGUGCAUCGCUGGACACAAAUGGUCACAGCACGGGGCCGGAACUGCAGCGAGAGAUGACACAAACAACAGCAGCAGGUUUAGCUAAAGUUCGCUCCCCCCCACCGUCGCUGUUUAAAGCCAAUUCGCCGCCGAAGAUGACCAAACUGCAGGAGCUGCAACAGAAGAAGGAGGCCUAUAUGCGGGCACGGGAGCACGAGCGGGAAAUGGAGCAACUGCAGCGUGCUGACAAGAAAUCCAGCCAAAUCAGCAUCAGCAUGGACAGCCCAAAGAUCAGCAGCAGCACUUUGACAACCGCCAAUGGCAGCAGCAGCAACAGCAGCAGCACAGCCAAUGGAAGCAGCAGCAGCAGCGCCAAAAGCAACGCAUCCUCAACGGUGGCCACUAUCACCCAGCAGGCGAGCAAAACGCCAGCGGGUUACAGCAAUUGGAGCAACAAUCACACAACUCUCAGCUCACAGCCGUGGUGUGCGAUCAGUGAUCUCAUGUACUUCUGUGACAAGUACGAAUUCAAGACGUUGAGUACGCGGGAUCUGAAAACGCACCAGGAGAUUGUCGCCGAGGUGCGUGCUCUUCUGUCCGGCAAGGCGCCAUUUGAUCAGCGCACGCGUUUCCCGGGCAACAUACACGAUCCGGAGAAUCUGUGGGUCUGCAUUGGACGCUGUGCCAGCGUUGAAUAUCAUCUGCAACGCAUCAUUAGCGUCUUCCGGAAGCCGCUCAAUCAACUGACGCCGGACAAACAGCGGGCGGUACGUCAGAACUUUCAUCUGGCUGUGAGCGAACUGCGUCUGGACAUCUCGGCACGCAUUAGUGAGGUGCGUCUCUAUGAUCGUUUGGUGUUUGAGCGGGAAUUUCGAUUGGAGUGGCAGGAUGAGUCCUAGAAGAACAUCAAUGGGAGCACUCAUAAAUUUCAACAAUCACAACAAUGGACAACAAUUUAUUUCACAUCAAUUUUGCUUGGAAUAGUUUUGUCUUUUCGGUGCGCUGUGGAAUAUGAUUACAAAAAUACACACAGGAUUUACAGAAAAUACACACAUACAUACAUACUGAGUGGUCCUCGACGUCAGGACUUAUAACAUGGAAGUUCUUUUUGUAAAGAUUCACAGAUCACAAUACAUACUUGACUGUGAAUCCCUUAACAAAUGUAUAUUAAUUAUAUAUAUACCUAAAUAUUGCUUUCAAUAACUAAAUCUAUAAAUUAUUGGCGUAGACACGAUCAUAGACAAUCAAUCAAUCAAUAAUUCGAUCCGAUUGAUCUAUACAUAAUUGCUUUAAUUGAAUUGUUUUAGUUACCAAAAAAUAAAGCACUUGGUGGGCAAUGUUAAUCCUUUUGUUCAAUAAGCCAACAAUUU